CUUCAAAACAUUGAAGGCAAGUUGUGAUUAGAAGUCAGGAGGCUGCAGGAUACCUGCAGAGAACCACUAUACUGUCUGGAUAUAUGUGUCUUGCGCUCGACUAUAAGGAGUUCUCAAAAUAGGUGUUUCGGUUGUGAGUAGACGCGGGGCUUGUUAAAAUGAUGCCUCAAACCACUAGGAAGCGGAAACACUCUUCCGUUGACCUGGCCAGUCUGACGGCUAAGAGAGGAGAGGCGAAGCAGGCUUCCCCUGUGAAGCAGAGGUCGACCAGGCUCCGGCAGUCCCCCGUGAGGAAGAAUCAGCCCAUCACACCAGGAAAGGAAAACAGCCCCUCCCCGCGGAAACCCAUGCACUCCCCACCAGGCUCCCCAGCUAAAUCUCCCCAGAAACACGGCAUGGUGGCUAGCUCCUUCUACGGCACGCAGAAGCCCCUCUACCUCACCCCCCUGGAGAGGAAGCUGGUGAAGGAGCUCAAGGGCGUUUCUGCUGCUCCCGCUCUUCCUCCGCCUCCUCCUCCCAAGCAGCAAGUGGCCAAGAAGCCAAAGCCCAGCGUGGGCGCAAAGCAGAGGAAGAAGGGGACGGCGUCGGCCAGCGACGUCAAUAGGGCCAUGAAGAGCUACAUGGCCCCUCCCAAGAGGAUCUCUCUGAAGAAUCUGAGCAGCAGUGCUGUUCUGGUGCCAACGUCGUCGGUCAAACCCACAGAGCCUAAGAAUAGCAUCAACAUAAUCUUCAGUAGUAUGAAGAUCAAGCCCAAGCUCUUUGUGGGCGCCGCCUUCUUUAGCACGGGCAAGAGGCCCACCUCCAUGUACAAGAAGGCCACCCCCAGGUCUAAGCCGGCCCCAGCCCAGAGCAAGGCCACCGUGGCCCCAACAAAGACUGAGGCAAAGAGGCCCAAGCAGGAAGCUGUGGCCCCCAACCAAACGCUCUCUCCUGAGCGCCCGCAGCAGAAAGUAGCUGAAGCGAGCUUCACACUGCCAGGCCAACACGGAGCAGGCCAUGGGGUCAGCAAGGAGGGAAGCAGAGACAAGUACGACCCGCUGGACUGGGCCGACUCUGACCUGAGCCCACCGGGGUCCCCGGGGCUUCUAAGUUCACCUGAUGUGCUUUCUCAGAAAUACGGAAUAACCAAGGAAAUCAAGCUCAUUUUGUGGAGGUCCCCGACAGCCAGUCCGGCGCCCACAGCCUCAAGCACCAACACACAGGAGGAUGAUGACUGCUCAGCCCCCGUCUUUGACCACAGUGAUGGGAACCCUUCUGCUGGUAUCUGUAGCCCAGUCCCUGAAACUCCAACCGUGUAUCCCAUCUUUGGCUCAUCUGCAAAAAGGUCACUGAAGCUGUUGGCUCUGAAGUCCCCCGCAGCACGCAGCGACACGGCUGGCACAGAGGUGGCGCUGCAGCCUGCCGCCUCCUCGCUGCCCAGGGAGCGUAGCGUGCGACGCAAGAGGCAGAAGCAGGACGACGACGACCAGCUCAUUAUUGAUGCGGGUCAGAAGGAGUUCGGGGCAGCCAGCUGCGAGUCCUGUGGGAUGGUGUACAGCGCAGACAGCCCAGAGGACAAGUUCCAGCACAACCAGUUCCACCAGCGCUUCCUCGACAGCAUCAAGUUUGUGGGCUGGAAGAAGGAGCGGGUGGUGGCAGAGUUCUGGGAUGGCAAGAUCAUCCUGGUGAUGCCUGGUGACCCCAAGUACGCUCUCAAGAAGGCUGAGGAGGUGCGGCGCGUAGCGGACAACGAGCUGGGCUUCCAGCAGGUGGCCCUCAACUGUCCCACCAAGGCCAAGACCUACCUGUUCAUCAACAACGAGCGCCUCGUGGUGGGCUGCCUCAUCGCCCAGAACAUACGACAGGCGUACCGCGUGCUGGCCGUGCCCCAGACCCCCAAAGACAUGACCCGGGAGGACUUCAUGGAGCACCACCGCGCCUGGUGUUGCUCCACCAGCCCAGAGAACGCCAUGUGCGGGGUCAGCCGCAUCUGGGUCUUCAGCCUGGCCCGCCGGAAGGGCAUCGCCUCACGCCUGCUGGACACCGUCCGGAGCACCUUCAUAUACGGCAGUCCUCUUACCAAGGACGAAAUCGCCUUCUCUGACCCCACACCGGACGGGAAACAGUUUGCCACGCAGUACUGCGACACACCAACCUUCCUCGUCUACAACUUCCUCACUUGAGGAGUGUUGGGGAUGCAGUGGACCGCUUGUGUUGACCUGCUCAUGGGAUGUUGGGGAGGGUGUUUGUUGACGUUUGAAGGACUUUGUUAAAUUAUGGAUCUCGUUCUCCUGUUCCAAGUCAGAUCUUUUAUGGCAGUUGACAAAUAUAUGCCCUGCUGAGUAAAUGGACUUAGAUUUAACAAUAUUGUUUGUACUGUUAAAAGGUUAAGUUAAAAGAAAGUAGUUAAAAAAUAUAUAAUUAAUCUGUACUGCCCUAUUUUCUUACUGAAAUGUACAGAUGUUCUUUUUAUUACUUAUUCAAGAAUCUUCAUAUUUCCUUCCUUACUAUAUUUCUCCUUGUGAAUUAUCUUUUUUUUUUUAUUCUUUGAAAGUUUAAGUAUUAUUUUUGAGUGAUUUUGUUCAAUGUUACUUACACUUUGUUUGACCAUGUUUAUGCACUUCUGAAAAAGUGAACGAUUAGCAUUUCAGAAUGAUUAGCAGUGUUUGACGGUAAACACGACUGUUUACCGUGUUUGAGUGUAUAAAUAUAGGUUUAAUAAAUCCCAUUGUUCAUAGCAUUUUAGAAUUGGGUGGAACCACAAAGUACCGGUUGUCUUUCAUUGCACAAACGACGGUUAGUGGCAACAUCUAUUCAAAACUUAACAGGGGUGUUAUUAUGAUGUGAGAGUAUCCCGUUGCACCCUGUUUAUCAAAUAAGACUAGCAACACAAGUUUUGUUCUUAUCUGUGCGUACCAUUUCAUGGUAGCCAGAAACUGUCAUGAAAGCUGAGUACAGAUUGCAAUGGUACAGGCCAUCAUAACCAACACCUGACCGCAUACAACUAACCACCACUAACAUAUUUCCGUGUUUCCUUUCAAGUCGUUUCCAGAGAGCUUAUGAUCAUUACAUGGUUAAGAGGCAUUACAUGCCCUGAACUUUCUAUAGAGGGGUCAACCAUGUAUAUUCCAUUUACGAUUUAUUGUUCUGUUAGUAAUAUUUGCAUAGUUCGCUGUUCUAUGUUGACCUUUGCUAUACAAUGUUCUGCAUCUUUGCAAACCUAUUGGCAAGUAGACAAACACCGUUUUGCUUCAGAUUUAUUUUUUAUUAAAAUUCACCUUAUUACA